AUGCCCAGACCGGGGAAGAGUUCGUACAGCGACCAGAAGCCGCCCUACUCUUACAUCUCCCUGACGGCCAUGGCCAUCCAGCACUCGGCCGAGAAGAUGCUGCCCCUGAGCGACAUUUAUAAGUUCAUUAUGGAGCGGUUCCCUUACUACCGGGAGCACACGCAGCGCUGGCAGAACUCCCUCCGCCACAACCUGUCCUUCAAUGACUGCUUCAUCAAGAUCCCGCGGCGACCCGACCAGCCGGGCAAAGGCAGUUUCUGGGCGUUGCACCCGGACUGCGGGGACAUGUUUGAGAACGGCAGUUUCCUCCGCCGCCGCAAGCGCUUCAAGGUCCUGCGCCCCGAGCAUCACCUGCCGGGCCAGCGGCGGGACRGGCGGCGGGGCGGGCGGCGGCGGUCCCGGCAAGCCCCCGGCGCCCACCCCGCACAUGGUGCACUACUUCCAUCCGCACCCGCCGCCGCCUUCUCGCCCUAUGGGAGCAGCCAGCCCUCGGGCUUCAAGCAUCCCUUCGCCAUCGAGAACAUCAUCGGCAGAGAUUACAAGGGUGUGCUGCAGGCCGGCGGGCUUCCCCUGGCCUCAGUGAUGCACCACCUGGGCUACCCGGUGCCCAGCCAGCUCAGUAGCGUGGUGAGCUCGGUGUGGCCGCACGUGGGGGUGAUGGACUCCGUGGCCGGUGUGCCUGUGUCCCCCGACUACGGACCCUUCGGCAUGCCCGUAAAGGCGCUCUGCCACCCGCCGGCACAGACUAUGCCUGCCGUCCCGGUGCCCAUCAAGCCAGCGCCGGCGUUGCCCGCUGCCUCGGCCAUCCCUGCUCUGACGGUCGCCGCCUCGCAGAUCUGCCCCGCCGCUUCUCCGGCUGCUGCAUCGCUGCUGGAACAGACCGCGAGUAACAACCCCGAGGGCAAGGGGUCCCUCCACUCCGUCCUGGUGCACUCCUAA